UUGCCCUUGCAGAUGGCUUCUUCUGCCAGGCUGUGAGCUACUCGGGGGCCGUAAAGUCCCCCUGCCAGCGCGCCCUGCACCAGGGGCGUCCCUGGUCCCCUUCUUUCUUCGUCCCCUUUUCUCCCCCCGUCUGUCGCGGUUCCAGUCAGAUUCUGCUCUCGUACUGAUCUUGCUAUGGAGGUUUUCGUCCCCUCGUUUCGCUAUGAGGAGAGCGAGUUGGAAAGGGGUUAUACGGUCUUUAAGAUAGAGGUGCUAAUGAAUGGAAGAAAGCACUUUGUUGAAAAAAGGUAUAGUGAAUUUCACGCUCUCCAUAAAAAGCUUAAGAAAUUCAUAAGAACUCCAGAAAUCCCUUCUAAGCAUGUAAGGAACUGGGUGCCCAAAGUGUUGGAACAGCGUCGUCAAGGCCUGGAAGCUUAUUUACAGAGUAUUAUUUUAGAAAAUGAAGAGCUUCCUAAAAUUUUUCUUGACUUCCUCAACGUUCGUCAUUUUCCUUCUCUCCCAAAAGCAGAAAGUUGUGGGUCAUUUGAAGAGUUAGAAUCUGAAGAAUCAAGCAAACUGUCCCACCAGCCAGUGCUGCUGUUCCUAAGGGAUCCAUAUGUCUUGCCUACAGCCAAUGAUGACUUUCCAAAUGUAGUUAUUGAAGGUGUACUCCGUGGAUUAUUUUAUCCUCACCUACAGCCCAGGUAGAAAAAUGGAUAUGGACAAUAACCUAGUUCCAGCAAGAUGACAAGUGUAUUUUAGUUAUCUUAAAAUCAUGGACAUGACAACAGUAAGGUAAAGCUU